AUGAGCGAAAUACGUAAAGCCGAGGAAGCGAUCAAAGCCUACGAUGUGGAGGUGGACCCGUAUAAUGAGACGGCCAUUGCCCUUAUCGACCAUCUGACGGAAGUGACGUUUGACGCUUUUGAGGCAGGAAUCAGACCCAGUGACCUCUACAACAACUCGUUCCGUUCCAAAUGGAAUCUGGCGUCAUCGCUUUUCUUCACCACUACUGUGCUUACGUCCAUA